GUCACCCUCUGUCAAGAACGUCAAAAACGCAAAAACGUCACUUGCCUUCCAGAUUUUCCUUUUUCAAAAUCUGGGGAACCUUGGGGGCCUGACCAUUACCCUGGCUCUCGUCAAAUAGUAGUAUCUUUCUUGCCCCGACUGAACGUAUAAGUCAAUGUCUCUGAUCAAUUAAUCAUUUAAAUUUUAGUGCAGUUUCUUACCUGGGUGGCACGGUACCUAAUUAAUUUGUUGUACCUAGUUAUUUAAAUUCCUCUUAAAUAUUAGUUAAUCCUUUGAAAUGGCGUCGCCGCGUACACGUCGUAAAUUGAACUCCAUACGUACGCAGGAUGAGAAUCACAAAUGUUUCGAAUGCGGCACUCUGAAUCCACAAUGGGUGUCUGUGAGCUAUGGUAUUUGGAUAUGCUUAGAGUGCUCGGGUGUUCAUCGCAGCCUUGGAGUUCACUUGUCGUUUGUCAGGUCGGUCACAAUGGACAAAUGGAAAGAAAUUGAGUUGGAGAAAAUGAUGGUGGGAGGCAAUUCAAAAGCUCGUGAAUUUUUUGAGAGUCAACCAGAUUACACACCAGAAAUGAAAAUUCAGCAAAAGUAUAACACUAAAGCUGCAGCCAUGUAUCGACAAAAAAUAACGUCACUAGCCGAAGGUCGUGACUGGAGUCCCUCGGACUAUAAACCGGAAGUAGCUGAAAGGCCUUCUGACUGGAGUCAGUCACAAACUUUCUACUCAUCAGCUGGUGAUAACACAUUCCACACCAGUGGAUCUGACAAUAAUAUAAGUUACCACAGUGAAUAUGGCAGUGGGCGUUACACUGGGUUUGGAAAUACAUCAAAGCAAUCUCAUUCUACUCCUAUGUCCCCAAUGCACAGUGGCAAUGAGAUGGUUGAUAACACUCUGGCAUCUUUAGCUACGGGCUGGUCGAUGUUUGCGUCAUCGGUGACAAAAGCGGCGCGCACUGCCACAGAAAGUGCGGUGCGGUACGGGGGCAUAGCUACGCAGAAAGUGUCUGAGAUGGCUUCCACUGUUACCGAGAAAGUGAACAAUCGCGGUGGUUGGAGCUCACUUGGCGGCAGUGAAUUGCGUCGCGCUAGCAACUCAAGCACUGCCUUCCAGUCUGCUAGCUAUGGUGCCAUGAAGAACUCUACAUCUGAACCAUACUCCAAGUGGAAUGAACAAACUCAGCCCGGUGUAGUGCAGUCUGUAGCAGCGCGAAACAACUUGGACUCUCGCGACCUGUCUCAGGUAGGGGUGUCGAGCCCCCCUCCCGACAUCAAGAAUAUCACUAUCAAGAAAAAACAAGAUGAUGAGUCGUGGGAUUGGCUCAACAAUUAGAAUCUGGUAAGAUGUAUUUUAUGGUUAAAAAUAUCUCAACAUCCUAUCGUGCAGUUAUCAUCGAUGGUGGUGACAUAGUAGCAAGAAUAGAAUAAAUUAAUUUAGUAAGUCAUAAUUUCUCUAUAUUUUGGUACAAAAAUUUGAUUGUUUAAAAUGACUUAAAUUUUAUAUUUUUUUAAUUACAAGUACUUCGAUUAUCAUGUGCUUUAGAAUGUUUAAAAUUUAGUGUACUGAUAAUACAAAUGUUGGAUUUUACGAGCCUUCUAUAGGAUAUAUUUCAAAAGGCCAACUGAGAUGUUUUUAUUAUAUAUAAGACUAGCGCCCGACCGCGGCUUCGUUUGUAAGAUUUCAGCUUUCUAGGUCUAAGGGUUUAGGCUGGAUUUCGAUGAAUCAGUCAGUGAGUUAGGACUUCUCUUUUUGCGUAUUUAAUCAAAAAUAUGCAACAUUAUGUGUUUGUGCCCAUCGUAUAUAUUAAUGCGUAGCAUCUAAUAUAUCCGAUUCGGGAUUUGUAAAUUGUAUUAAAUGCCUUUUACAUUAUCCACAAAAAAUAAAAUCAGAUCGAAUAAUAUUAGCAUGCUGUUAUUCCUAAUUAAUUUUAUUUAUAUUUGACAUUUUAUUAUAUUGUAACAACUGAAACCCUUAAAAGUGCUUCUAAUAAAUUGUAAAUCGGUUUGAUUGUAGUGUUCCCCAUCUACUACUCAAUGAAAGAUAGGUGCAAUAAAUUUAUUUAAGGGUUUCAUUUGAUUAAUCUAUGUACAUACAAAAAUAAUCUGUUACUAACUUAAUUUUUAACUAUAGCUGGUCGAUAAGACAAAUCUGCGUCAAUCAAUGUUAUAGUCUUAAUUUAUGGCAAUAUUACUGCAACAAAGCAUUUUAGCUAAUAAUGAGAGAGUAUUGGCCAAUGAGGGGUGAUCGUGAUCGUGUCCUGUGUGAUGUGACACACGAAACUAUCAAACUGCGACGAUAGGCCCCAGGAUUUGAAACAAUUUGACACUAAAGUAUAGUUCGCGACAGGUCGACAUGGCUAGCGGGGUAUGAGGCGAGUCGUACGGGGAAAGAUACUUCGCACGCCAGCACAGCGCCCGAGCUAUCCUGAUCCUAGUGCUGCAUGAGUUCGCGUCGAUAGCGUUUAUUGAUAAUUACGUUGUUACUUGCAGUUUUGUGUAUUGGAAAUGAAAUUCUGUUGCCUAUUCCACGUCACGUAUAAAAAACCACCCAAAUCCGAAUCAAAAUCAGUAGUUUUAAAACUUGAAUGAGGUAAAACUGGACGCAUUCGUAUCCAUCCAUAAACACUUUGAUAGACAAGAUGUCAAUUACUUGCGCUCACUUCCCUUCCGAUUCACCGUUUCACAACAAAUGUCUAUAAUGUGUCUCUGUAAUUCAUAAUUUAUUCAAAUUAUGUAUCAUAAAUAAUUCCUGAUCUAUAUUAUUGUAUCCAAUCAAGUAAAUAUUUGUGAAGUGCAUUCUCUCCUGCAUUUGAUAAAUCCAAAUACAAGAGUAUCGAUGGCCCGGUAUGUGAAGUCACCUUGCUAGGAAAUUGCCAUGUCUUCCUGUUGCGAACAGUAAAUGUUAACAUACGCUUAACCACUUACUACUCUUAAUGUGAUUUUUAUAUUCCAAUUUGCAGCCUACUUGUCAUUUUUUGGAUGAUAAAUUUUAUUCAUGUUGAUGAAUGAAAAUAUGCUAAUAAUAAUAAAUAAUUAUAUUUACAUUAAAUAAGAAUAUCUUGGUAGCAUUCAUAAGCUUAGUAGGUAGAUUAUUAUUUGGUGAACAAUAAUUAUUAUUAUAAAAAUCAGCCAAGUGCGAGUCGGACUCGCACACGAAGGGUUCCGUGCCAGAAGAACAAGUACAAGAAGUAGCACUUUUUAAAUUUUUAUAGUGUUAUGGUGGCCAUUUUGAAAUUUUUAUCAUUUGUUGUUAUAGCGGCAAUAGAAAUAUACAUUCUGUGAAAAUUUCAACUCUUUACUUAUUGUGGUUCACGAGAUAUAGCCCGCGGACAGAUGGACAGCGAAGGCUUAGUAAAAGGGUCCCGUUGGCAGUCAGCACUCUUCAGGUACGGAAUCCUAAUAAAAAGAUGCUAUGAUUGUAUUAUAUUACUAAGAUUCAAAUUGUAUAUUUCCUUAUGAAUACUGUUAUUACAUUUUAACAGAUUUAUUAUUUGUAUUAAAAUUAUUAUCUACCAGCUCUUAAAUUGUAGAAUAUCUAUAGGUAGCUCAAAACUAACUAGCGCAACAAAGUAUUGACUAGACGCAAUUUUUGAAAUAACUGUUAUUUUAAUAUAUACGUAGUUUAUAAAGUUUCCUGUUAAACCGAAAUUCCUGUUGACGAAAUUUGGUCCUGCCAUAGCUUGCAUUCCGGACAAUCAAACAGAUACCGCAGAAUUUUUGUAAAACCUAAAAUCUGAAUCCACGUGAACUUAGUCGUGGGCUUCAUUUUGGUGAGAUGCUUGCCUAUCAUCCCAGAAAUAGGACAUAGGCUACUUUUUAUUCUGGAGUAUACUAGCUUCCGUUAUAUUUUAAAAACCUAAAUCUAGCGAACAAAGUCGCGUAUAUUUUCUAAUAUUCUGCAACUGAAAUAAAAAAAAAAUACUAAAAAGUUGCCUAAUUUCAUAGUAGGGCAGA